CCGGCGAGCCGAGUGUCUCCAAGAUGGCCGCCUGGGGAAGGAGGCGUCUCGGCCCGGGCAGCAGCGGCGGCAGCGCCCGAGAGAGGGUGAGCCUGUCGGCCACCGACUGCUACAUCGUGCACGAGAUCUACAAUGGGGAGAACGCACAGGACCAGUUUGAGUACGAGCUGGAGCAGGCCCUGGAGGCCCAGUACAAGUAUAUCGUGAUUGAGCCCACGCGCAUCGGCGACGAGACGGCGCGCUGGAUCACCGUGGGCAACUGCCUGCACAAGACGGCCGUGCUGGCGGGCACUGCGUGCCUCUGCACGCCCUGGGCGCUGCCGCUGGAUUACUCGCACUACAUCUCCCUGCCUGCCGGCGUGCUGAGCCUGGCCUGCUGCACGCUCUACGGCAUCUCGUGGCAGUUCGACCCGUGCUGCAAGUACCAGGUGGAGUACGACGCCUACAAACUGUCGCGCCUGCCGCUGCACACGCUCACCUCGUCCACGCCCGUGGUGCUGGUGCGCAAGGACGACCUGCACAGGAAGAGACUGCACAACACGGUGGCCCUGGCCGCCCUGGUGUACUGUGUAAAGAAGGUCUACGAGCUCUGCGCCGUAUGACUGCGGCCCCGCGCGGCAGUGCGGCCUGCCGACAUGUGCGGUUCAUAGAUCAUGGGUGUGCCAAGGGGUUUUCAGCUCGUUACACUAAGAGGCGGCUUCCCGCGGCCGGGAAGGGCCGAGGCCGCGUGGGGUGCGGUGGCGGCGCUGGCGGGGGUGCGCGCUUGGGGGGGCUUCAUGUGAGCUGUUAAACUGCACCAUCCAGAGCCAACCAGAAGCUGCUGACCAUUAAAAUGAUGACAAUUUCAGCGCCCGCUCUUCUCCUUCCCUGAUUGGCUGCUGUGGCAGGGGUCCCCGGGCUGGUCCUGGCGCAGGGGGAGCCCGGGACCCUCCUGCAGGGGGUGGGGCUGGCGAGGAGCACACGGGAAGUCGGCUCUGGGACCUCCGGCUUUGGGUCGGUGGGCCCGCCCUGCCUUAUUCCCCCACCUCCACUCCUCAGGCCUGCCUCGGCCGGGACAGCCAGGGGUCCCCUGCAUCUGACACCAGUCCAGAAGGGGGGCACAGCCUGGGGGCGGGGCUUUCGGGGCCCAGGGAGGCAAUCAGAGCGCCUGCCUGGGCCACACAGGGUCAGCUGUGAGAGCGGUGGCUUUAGCCCCCCGGCCGGGCGGGAAUGACAAGCAUACCCCCCAAACAGAAACCGGGUGCAAAGGGCAGGGGCUCUGUGGGUACAGGGAGCCAGGUCCGGGGGGGCUGUCACUUCCUGGGCCUGUGCUGUGGCAGCUGCUGCAGGGACAGCGUGCAGUCACCCCAAGGCCUCGUUCCCGCGGCCCUCCCGUGUGGGACCACGACCCGGGGAGAUCAGGCCAUCCUCGAGGUAAAUCGGCCUGGUCUCUGUGGUGGUGGUGUUUUUAGUUGACUUCUUUUUUGAGAACAAGCUCCUGUCUGCUCCGUGAUACCCACAAUAGCUGGGACUGGGCUGGGCCAAAACUGGGAGGGAGACCAAGAACACUACGGGGGCCUCCCUGGAGCCUCCCGGACCGCAGUCUGCGCUGGCAGGAAACUCGACACCCCCAGGCCCGAGGAGCAAAAUGCAGAGCAUCUCCGAGCAGUGGGACACGUGGGGGCCCUGACACACCCCGUGCUUUGUGGAACCGGAGCGGAGCUGCGGGACUGCCCCUGAUGGCACAUGGUCGUGCGGCAAGGCCAAGCACAGAGCCAAGAGCUGCUGCGAGUGGAAGCCGGAUCGGGCCCCGAGAAAGGGCCCUGCACACCCACACCCGCGCUUCCUUCGCCAAGGGUGCCCUGCCCUGGGGCGAGGUGGCUUCAGUUCAGAGCAGUGUGGACUCCAGGGCCCACGGGCCCACAGGCCUCAGCCUCUGACCCGGGAGGAGCAGGCCCUGGGCCUGCAGACAGCUGCAUGGAGCUUGGAGUGACUGCUCAGUUCGCACCGUGUCGUUUCCUAUGUGUGUCACUGGUCAUAAAGUAGGUUUUACAGAGUGG